CGAGUCCAUUCUUGUGAGGCUGCAGCAGGAGCGCGAGGCGUGUUUGUUCACGGCGGGCUAGUGAAAUGCGCUCGUGCCCUCCACUAUCUGGAAAUUGCGAUCGGUUCUGCAGCAUGGCUGCAAGCGACAUGUGCCUGUGCAUCACUCGGGUCUUUAUAUGAGCAGUGGAAUUUGCGUUGCUUUUGCUACUUUGGAUGGCAUCCUGAGCGAGGAGGAGCCGCCGUGUGCGCGAGUGUGCGUUAAGUGUGUAAGAGUGUGUGUGUGUGUGUGCUUCAUUCUCCCAGCUCCUGGGUUUGGCGCUUUAGCUAGCUGAAGGAAUGAGAAAAGGCAGGUGUGCAGAAGGGUGAGUUAUAAAGCACAUUGGACAAAAGAAACUGAAAUAAAAAAAGAGACUCGGUGUAACAGGCGAGACUUUUUAUUAAACUCUUGUAAAAAAUCAAAAGAGCAAGCAAACCACUGCAAGCUGUGACAAGGGGCAGAGAGCUUUUGGUGCACCAUCUCCCAUCUCACGGGAUCCUCCGUUAAAUAUCUCAGGAAGCCAUCAAAAUGUCAUCGCACACGAAAUACAAGAAGGACAAGGAGAUCAUUGGGGAAUAUGAGACGCAAGUUAAAGAGAUCCGUAAUCAACUGGUGGAACAGUUCAAGUGUCUGGAGCAGCAGUCAGAAUCUCGGAUUCAGCUGCUGCAGGACCUACAGGAGUUUUUCCGCCGUAAAGCCGAGAUUCAGUUGGAGUAUUCGCGUAGCCUGGAGAAACUAGCUGAAAGGUUCUCGUCCAAGAUUCGCUCCUCCAGAGAACAUCAGCAGUUCAAGAAAGACCAACACCUCCUGUCUUCAGUGAACUGCUGGUACCUGGUUUUAAACCAAACUCGCAGAGAAAGCCGAGACCACGCCACACUCAACGACAUCUACAUCAACAACGUUAUUGUCCGUCUGGCGCAGAUCAGCGAGGAUGUCAUUCGCCUGUUUAAAAAGAGCAAAGAAAUUGGCAUUCAGAUGCAUGAGGAGUUGGUUAAAGUGACAAAUGAGCUAUACACGGUGAUGAAGACCUACCACAUGUACCACACAGAGAGCAUCAGUGCCGAGAGCAAGCUGAAGGACGCCGAGAAGCAGGAGGAGAAACAGUACAGCAAGUCCGGGGACCUGAACGUGAAUCUCCUGCGGCAUGAGGAGCGUGCACAGCGUCGCAGCUCUGUCAGGAAGAUCGAGAAGAUGAAGGAGAAGAGACAAGCCAAGUAUUCGGAAAACAAGCUGAAAUGCACAAAAGCUCGCAACGACUAUUUAUUGAAUUUGGCAGCAACCAACGCAGUAGUGGCAAAAUACUACAUUCACGACGUCUCCGACAUGAUUGACUGCUGUGACCUUGGUUAUCAUGCCAGCCUGGCACGAACAUUUAGGACUUAUCUCUCUGCCGAGUAUAACCUGGAGACUUCUCGCCAUGAAGGCCUGGAUCUGAUUGAGAGCGCCGUUGACAACCUGGACUCCCGCAGUGACAAGCACAAGAUCAUGGACAUGUACAACCAGGUGUUCUGUCCUCCUAUGCGCUUUGAGUAUCUGCCUCACAUGGGAGACGAGGUGUGCCAGGUGAGUGCUCAGCAGCCAGUCCAGACAGAGCUUCUGAUGCGCUACCAUCAACUGCAGUCCCGCCUGGCUACAUUAAAGAUCGAGAACGAGGAGGUACGCAAGACUCUGGAUGCAACGAUGCAGACACUGCAGGACAUGCUGACCGUGGAGGACUUUGACGUGUCUGAUGCUUUCCAACACAGCCGUUCCACAGAGUCUGUUAAAUCAGUGGCGUCUGAAGGCUACAUGAGCAAACUGAAUAUCGCUAAAAGACGCUCCAACCAGCAGGAGACCGAGCUCUUCUAUUUCACAAAAUUCAAAGAGUACCUGAACGGAAGCAACCUCAUCAUUAAACUGCAGGCCAAGCACGACCUCCUGAAGCAGACACUGGGGGAAGGAGAAAGGGCCGAGUGUGGAACGACGAGACCGCCUACCCUACCCCCAAAACCACAGAAACUACGGAAACCCCGGCCACGCUCCGUCUAUAAUCAUAAGCUGUUUAACGGAAAUAUGGAGACCUUCAUUAAGGAUUCAGGCCAGCCUAUUCCUCUUGUGGUGGAAAGCUGCAUUAGAUACAUCAAUCUGUAUGGUCUGCAGCAGCAAGGCAUAUUCCGCGUUCCUGGCUCUCAGGUGGAAGUCAACGAUAUAAAAAAUUCAUUCGAGAGAGGCGAAGAUCCACUUAUCGACGAUCAGAACGAUCAUGACAUAAACUCAGUGGCAGGGGUGCUGAAGUUGUAUUUCAGAGGUUUGGAGAAUCCACUCUUCCCUAAGGAACGCUUUCUGGAUUUCAUCUCCACCAUUAAGCUCGAGUCAUCUGCUGAAAGAGUCCAUCACCUUCAGCAGAUCAUAGUCACUCUUUCACGUACCAUCAUCAUCGUCAUGAGAUACCUGUUUGCAUUCCUCAAUCAUCUGUCACAGUACAGCGAUGAGAAUAUGAUGGACCCCUACAACCUGGCCAUCUGCUUCGGCCCCACUCUGAUGCCCAUCCCGGAUGGACAGGACCCUGUGGCUUGUCAGGCCCAUGUGAACGAGGUCAUCAAGACCAUCAUCAUUCACAGUGAGGCUAUCUUUCCAGGUCACCGGGAACUCGAGGGUCCGGUAUAUGAGAAGUGCAUGACUGGAGGAGAGGAGUACUGUGAUAGCCCGCACAGUGAACCAGGCACCCUUGAUGAGGUGGACAAUGGAACCGAGCCACACACCAGUGAUGAUGAGGUGGAACAAAUAGAAGCAAUAGCUAAAUUUGACUAUUCAGGGCGCACACCGCGAGAACUCUCCUUUAAGAAAGGAGCCUCAUUGCUGCUAUAUCACAGAGCAUCAGAGGACUGGUGGGAAGGCAGACACAACGGAGUGGAUGGACUUAUCCCUCAUCAGUACAUCGUAGUGCAAGACCUAGACGACGCCUUUUCUGAUAAUCUGAGCCAGAAGGCGGACAGCGAAGCGAGCAGCGGGCCACUACUAGACGACAAGGCCUCGUCCAAAAAUGACCUCCAUUCUCCGUGUGAGACAGCGCUGGAGUAUAACUUUAGUGCAAUGAUGGGCAGGGUACGCUUGCGUUCGGAUGGUGCUGCUAUCCCACGGCGUCGCAGUGCCACAGAGAGCCACAGUCCUCCACGCGGUUCAGACACGCCUCCUCGUGCAGCUGCAUGUCCCAGCAGCCCUCACAAAGCCAUGCUGAGCAGUAGGAGUCGCAUGGAGAGUCCUGAUAAGAGACGCCUGGGCACAUUUGGUAGCGCUGGCACGAUAAACUACCCUGAGAGAAAAGUGUAUGGAGAGGGCCAUCCACUGAGACCGAACACUGGCACACGUCACAGCAGCCUGGGAGACCACAAGAGCCUGGAAGCCGAGGCCUUAGCUGAGGAUAUAGAGAAGACGAUGAGCACAGCUCUGCAUGAGCUGCGCGAGCUGGAACGUCAGAACACAGCCAAGCAGGCCCCUGACGUGGUGCUGGACACACUGGAGCCACUGAAAAAUCCUAUAAGCUCAGAGCCAGCCAGCCCCUCACACACAAUUGCCAUCCGCGACCCCGAGGCGGCUCUGAGACGUGGAAGCAGCUCCUCCUCCAGUGCUUCUGAGACCAUGAUGAUGAGCACAUUCAAACCAGCACUGUGUGCCAGGGUGCCCAGUGCCCAGCUGCGACCUCCAGCUAUAAGGCCCUUACGCCCAGUGCCCUCUCAGCAGCAGCGCUCAAGCAGCUCUGGCUCAUCCGGAGUUGGCAGCCCUGCCAUCACCCCGACUGACAAGAGCUUUCCCAGCAGCCCCUCCUCUAACACAGCUGAUAAACAUGGAGGCAGCAUGUAGCUCAGGAGACAGGGUCAGGGUUGGCUCUCUGAUUUGUAAUACAGCCAGCCUCAACUGAAAGGCAAAAUUUUAUUUUAUUUUUUUGAGCCUCAAAACUCUCCAAAAAUGAGCAGUGGCAUUUAAGGCAAUGAGGCAGAGAAAGUAGCAAGGUUUACUCUUAGAGCACUCAGUGUGGUAAAACGUGGUGUAAAAAUGUACUGGAAAAUAAUAACAUCUCUGUACCACAUAUAAAAGUGGUCUAAAAGUCCACUACUAAAAAACGGAGUAGCUUUGAUAAUAAAACAGUAGCUAUGAUAAUGAGACACAGAAUAAUGAAAUCAAUAUCAAGUUUAGUCGUAAAAGAAUUAAUUGUAUAAACGUGUUACCAUUAAAUUGUAAUAUAUGGCAGCACAACCUUUUAAAAAAGAAGAGCAAACUGGAUUUCCAGCGAAAUUUCAGUAUAAAAUAAUUUGAAACAUAUUCACAACAAAUAAUAGAUAUUCACAAAGUGGAAUUGUGUGUUUGCUUUUAACAAAUUGAGCAACGUUUUAGAAUUGGAGUCUUGGAGAUUUUCGACCCUGCAGUAUAUAUAUUACUAUAUAGCAGAGGUGUGUCUGUGUGAAUAUAUACACAUACACACACAUGCACAUGCACACACAUAUCACUAUCUAUAUGUGUAUUUAAAUAUAGAUUAUAUCAACAUCUUGAUCAAAAUUGUUAAUGAUGGGUCAGCCUAGUUGGUCAGUCACACACAGUAGAGCAAUACUAAACAAAUUUACUGUUUGUUUGUUUGUCUCUGCAAUGCUCGGCCAGAGGUGUUGUUAUUGAGAGGGUUGGAGCACUUUCUCUCUUUCUCUUUCUUAGCGGAGGUCCUAAACAGCCCCUCCCCUAGAAUCUGACUGUCAUUCAAAGCAGCCUGUGACUUCAGGACCGCCCACGUGGGUUGUUGUAAAUAGAGAUAUACUGUACUUGAACUGGUAAUGCCUUUUGUUUUUGUAGUAUAAGAGAUGUUCAGUUAAGUAACAACAUAGCCAAGUUGUAAUCAUAUAUGAGAUGCAGAAACUGAAACCAAUAUCCAUUGCCAACUAAUUGUAAGAAACCUGUGGUAAAGAUAUAGUUUACUUUGUAUAUAAUUUUUAAGUAGGUUUUUUUUUUUUUUAAACGUCAAACAUGUAUAUUUAGGGACAGAGCAGGCAAGAAUAAAUGGCAUUUCACAGCAACCAGUCACAACCAGCAAACAAAGAUUGCAUUUAUAAAUAUGGGUACUUUAUGUUUGCCGUCUGAGCCGUUACUGCUAAAUAUAUUCCACUUUAUUCUGGCUUCAUCAGGAAAGCAUUUCUCAAACUCAUACAUAUGAAACACACUUGGACCAAGACAUUUAUUCCUGUUUGAACAAUCCCUUCUUUUCAUAAGGAGCCUUCAGGUUCUUGGGGUGCAAAAUGGUCCCUCAACAGGAUAUUUGUGGGUGCUCAGCAUCCUAAAAUUGUUUUGUUUGGAAACUAGCAGAACAAAGGAAAUGCUAAAGAACUCCUGAUCUUUUUUUUUAUUUUUUUUAAAUCACACUCAUUAGAUGUCAAUGUUAAUUAUCAUGAAUAAGGAAACCAAAUCCACCUAAGGAUAAUAUUAUUAUUGAACAUAUCCAACAAAGACAUAUAAUAUAUAAAUAUAGCUUUACCUUGCUAGGGCAGGGUGUACCCAUAUUUCCUCAACUUUUGUAGGUGGUGCUGUAGCUUAUUGAAAAAUCUAUGGAAAGAAAAUGACCACUAGUACAACCAUAGUGACAAUUAAUCUCCUGCCACAAACCUACAAACCCCUUCUAGCUACAUUUGUCUACAAUUUGUACAACUUAUUCUACAUGUUACUUACUUACAAUAAUGUUCUUAUUUAUAUCAUUAUUAAUUUGAUCUUAAAGGGCUUGAGUACACCAUAUUUCUAACACAUGGGUUUAUAUAGAGGCAUGGAUAUCCAUGCUAAUCCCAGAUUAAUAAUUCCCACUUCAUUGCAAAGCAGAUCCUGCAGGGAUCGUCUCACUCGCCCCCAUUCUGUCACUUCGAUUCCAGUUCAUCUUUAACUGGUUUCCAGUUCUCCCCCUCCUUCUGCUCAGUGCACUUGGAGGAGGAAUUCUUACUCAGGCAUGAUGAUUGCCCGACUGAACCAAUUAUCUGCUUCAGUCAGUCUCUAAUCUCAUCCCCGCUGCAGAUAAUCAAACAUGUCCACUUGUUUUUGUUUUUUUUUUUGCUUUCUUAUUUGCCAACUCUUGCCUGUUCUGCUCAAACUGACAGUAUGUAAAUGCUUGUAUAGUUGCAAGAAUAAUUCUGCUGGGAAAAGAAAAAAGUACUGUUACUGCACACUUUGCUUGGUUUGCAAUGUGAUGAUGUUUAGAAAGUGAAGCCCUUGUCUUAACGUAUCAACAGCACAGACGUCCUUAUCUGGCUCGUUAUUUAGUUUUAGUUUAAACACACACUGGUGUCUGUGUCUAAGUUGGAGCCCCUACUCAAUGCGCCAUUUUUUUUUUUUUUUAUGUUUUAUUGACAAUGACUUGGCCUUUAUCUUACUGUCAGCAUUUUAUACCUGAGUUGUGUUAGCAAUCAGUAAUUUCUGGACGGUCGCUAAUUACAGUUCGGCUAGCUCGGCCUCACCUUCUGCAUGGACUUCCAUUGCGCAUGGGAGGGUGACAGAUGUGCAUGUGCUUCUGAGACGAUGCAGUUGUGCCUUUCUCAGAUCUAUCACGCGGUCCUUUACAAGGAGACAAGGAGAGUCAUUUAUCAGUCUCAGCAUUGCAUUUCUGUGACACUUCACGCACUGAUUCAUACAUAUGAAAUGUCAUGUCAAAGCCAGAGAAUGUGGCAUUCUCAUUCACGAUUUUUCCAAUUAUACAUGUGCAGUGUGGCCUUUUUAAGAUUGCCUCGGUAAAAAAAAGCACCAUCAACAAAAAGAAACAGCAACCCUCAAACAAAACUGUAAUAAACUCUACCAUUCCUUCAUACGGGGAUGCGACUUUUAAGGGCUCAUCUUUUGUACUAUUAUUUUGUCCAUUUUACCUGGGAAAGGUGUAUGCCAUGUACCUUUCAAACUUAAUCACAAACUUGCACAACACCACCAGAGUCCUGAAAGUUUAACCUUCUUUAACUACGUACCUUAAUUAGUUUUUACAUGUAAGUAAAUAAUGGAUGGUGUGGUGGUGGCUCCUGUAUCGUUACCACGUUGCACAGUCUUUUAUCCAUGAGUUUGGAGUACAUUCGAGCCCAGUAUCCACAUGGGUCUCCUUUAGGUUCUCUGGUUUUCUCCAUCCUCCAAGAAGCAUGUAGGCAAUAGGUGUGAAAAAGUGUAUGAAUAUGUUUGUGUGUGUAUGUAUGUAUGUGUGUAUGUGUGUGGGUGUGUGUGGGUGCAUGGGACUAGCAUUCCAUCCAUGCUUCACAUCCAGUGCUUCCAGGAUAGCCUCUUGAUAAUAAUUUUAAUAAUAAUAAUAAUACAGGUACAAAAGAUGUAGUCUUGGGGGGUCCCACUUUAGUGAGGAACGGUAUGGUUUAAUACUUUUACAGAUGAGCAUGCAUGCUGAAUGUAGUGGUGCUCUGAUCAGUUACCAUAAGUUAGUUCCAGUUUUGACUGGUGACUCCUGUGGUUUCUGUUCUGAAAGCCCCGACACUGUGUCUUAAAUCCUGCAGCAGGUCCUGCACUGCCCUCCAGAGGAAAGGUGAGGGAGUUCUCUUCGUGCUCUUCAUCUCCCUCUACUGGAGAAUACUGGAUUUAUUAUGUUUAAUCAGAAAACUGUCACAUAUAAAACAAUGAAAUGCAAUGUGUGCAGAACAGAGCGUUUAAUACAAACGAGCACUAAACAGUUGUGCACCAUUACAACAAAUCGCACAAUGUAUCAUCUCUUAAUAAAGGAAUCAACUAAAGAAUGUAUAUGGACACGCUGCCCUCCAGCCUGACUUGGGUUGUGACAUUAAAUCAAUAAUAGGAUAAUAACAAUAAGGGUGUUAUAGAUCUCAUAAGAAACUUUAAACACAACUUCAGAUAUGAGCAAACAGCACAUUUUUACACAGCACAUGUACAAUUUUGUGGCACAUGCAUUUUUGUUGUCUUGUUUUUAUGAUCAAGGCUCAUGAAGUUUAUCAUAUUAUAAUUUGGACUGUCAGGAACUCUGCUCAGCUAUCAAUAGAUGACUUUUUGGUCUGCACUGAAUUCUUGGAAAGUGCUCAUGAGUAGGAACUGUUGAACUUGUUGCUAGAGAUUAAUGACAGAUGUAUGAAGGCUGCAACCUAUAUCACAUUCUAAUGUUUUUAUAACUGCCAUCUGUUUUCUUUCAGUAUGUGCAUUAUAGAAGUCCUAUCAUUCCCAUCUCCUUUCCGUACGACCUGAGACUGUGCUGCACAAGAGCUUUGACUUUCUGCUCCUUGUAUAACCCUUCUACCUAUCCUUUUAGCUAUUGCAUUGCAGUAUUUAAGGCCUAAUCAAAUCUUUUACGGUACUUGCACGAUUACUGAGGCACUCUGUGCACUCCUGUCCGUUAUGGACUGUAAGUAGACCAUGAAUUCUUUAUUUUAAUUUUUUUCUGUCAGUUUGAGAACGUAUGCUCUUAAUGGGUGUGUAUUGUAUGUAUGUAUGCUUGAUUGUAUGUAUGCUAAGGUAACAGACUUCCUCCUUCUCUAGACACAGCAUUCAUAAAACCAAACUUGCGUCUGUCUGUACUAGUGGGUUGUGAAUAUUGACAUACUGUUUUUCGCCUUCCUAUUAACCCUUUUGUCUAAUGAUGCUGUUUAUUCAUGAGUGUUUGGCUGGUUGAUUCCUCCCUAUGAUGUAGGUUAACUGUACACCAUGCCACUGUUUGGAUGUGAAGAAUUCUCAAAUCCAAAAUAAAAAAACAAAUGAACUUUU